CUUUCUUUCUUUCUUUCUUUCUUUCUUUCUUUCUUUCUUUCUUUCUUUCUUAGGUUUUUCGAGACAGGGUUUCUCUGUAUAGCCCUGGCUGUCCUGGAACUUACUCUGUAGACCAGGCUCAGAAAUCAGAAAUCCGCCUGCCUCUGCCUCCCAAGUGCUGGGAUUAAAGGCAUGCGCCACCAUGCCCGGCUGAUGUUGCCCUUUCUAUUUUCUUUCCCUUAGAGACAAAGUCUCACUGUGUACCUCUGGCUGCCUUGGAAUUCACUAUGUAUACUAGGAAGGCCUCAAACUCCCAGAGAUCCACCUGCCUCUGCCUCCUAAGUGCUGAGACUAAAGGCAGUUGCCACUAUGUUCCGCUCCGACUUUUCCCUUCUAGAUUUUGUAAAUAGAGCUGGGGGAGAUCAAGUGUGUAGUGGCACCUGACUGUCCCUUUGCUGAUAGGCCUGUGCUGUUAGCCAGGCGAAGCCUUUCCUGGGUGUCCCUCCAGGUCGGUGGCAGAGCACCGGGGCCAAGUCUUGCUUUGUUUGUGUCUUUUUGAGGCAGGAUCUCUGUGUAGCUCAAACUGACCCAGAACUCAACCUGGGCCUCAACCUCCAAGUGCUGAGCUUGCAGGUGUGCUCCCCACCAGUUUUUUCUCUUGAGAUAAGUCUUUCUUCUUGUGAAGUUAGAAAGCUUAAAUAUACCCCUGGGUAAGUUUCUCUGUGCAGUCCAGCUACUCUAGAUGAAGAGACUGCAACCUAGCAACCCAGUGAGCCAAGCAUCUUUCCCCAACGCUCUUGCACUCACGCUAGGUGAUGAGUGUACAUUGUGUAUUACCACUUGGCCUUUGAUAGAAGGCUUCUUUCAGCCCACCUGGUGUCCGUCAGUUUCACUUAUUUGACUUCUCUUUGUGGCUUGAUGUUGAUCCACUGUAUAGAUACUCCAGUCUAGCUGUCCCUCCUUCUAACCGUGAACAUCUGGGCUGUUUCCAGUUGGGUCAUUAUGGAUAGAGAUACGGUUGCUCUGAGUACACAAACAGAUCCUGUGAAGAGUGCCUCAGGAAUGUCUCCUGUCUGUGGUGCAAUGAGAACAAGGCGUGUAUGGACUACCCAGUGAGGAAAAUCUUGCCCCCUGCUUCUCUCUGUAAAUUGAGUUCCGCUCGCUGGGGCGUAUGCUGGGUGAACUUCGAGGCCUUGAUCAUCACCAUGUCGGUCCUGGGGGGCUCUGUGCUCCUGGGCAUCACUGUGUGCUGCUGCUACUGCUGCCGCCGGAAGAAGAGCCGGAAGCCAGACAAGAGCGAUGAGCGGGCCAUGAGAGAGCAGGAGGAGAGGAGAGUGCGGCAGGAGGAAAGGAGGGCGGAAAUGAAGUCAAGACAUGAUGAAAUCAGGAAAAAAUACGGUCUGUUUAAAGAACAAAACCCGUAUGAGAAGUUCUAAGGUGGCUGGCACACACUUGUGGUGGAUCGUGCAGUUCCAGAGUUUCCUGGGAAUGCACUCCCCAGCAGAGCCUGCAGAGACCUCACCACCAUGGCCACCCUUGACCUGGGUGAUCCCUCCAGCCUCUACUGGCACCAGUGUGGCCUUAAGAGGACAAUCCUACUCUUGUUCCCUCUGUGUCUGUAUGUAAUCACCUGAGACCUUAAUCUCGUUGAUGUCCUUUUUGGGGGGAGGAAGUAUACUUGGUCCCCACACUCUGCAAGCCGAUUACGAAGCUGGCAGCCUGAGGUGCUGACUAGCUGCUGAGUGGCCUUGCUGGAAGAUUCACAUUGCAACAAGCAAGAGUCAUGUUUACUUUGUUAAGGCAAGAACUGACCACCACCCUUGCUUCCUGAAGGCUGUGUUUUGUCUGUAGGCCCACUGCUGUGAUGGGCCCUUGUUGUUGUAAUUUUGGUGGCCUCUUGGAAGGCACUGUCCCUAAGUCUGGUAAGGAUUGCCUUCCUAACCCAGCUCCAUCCAAUAGCACAAAAGCUUAUAAAGUCACCUGAAGUCUUUAAUAAUCCCUCAGGAAGCAGUCCUACCAAAACCUGCCAUGAGACGUCCAGGCCUCUUGGAUGACAUUUUUCAUUUUCAGUCUUUACUAGACUGAGAAUUUCCUGCUGUGGGAAACCUGAGCUCUGAAUUUAGUUUGAUCCUCUUGUGAGUGCUGAAUGUCCAGCAUGCUGGUGCAUGGACUCCAGUGUCCUUAGAAGGGCUUUGUGGAGGGUCUUGGACAUCUCCCUCCACAGAUCAGGCAGCUGUUGAGUUGGUCCUGUAUGUAUCAUGGAGGAUGAACAGCAUCUCCACUGGCCAUCCCAUUGUGGGAGCUGAGUGUGUAGGAAGAUAGGAGGACCCCACACCAUUCUGCCUUCCAGGAAAACUGCCUGAGCUGGCAUAGACACCCACCUCACUUCCACCCUGCUUCCAGCCAUGCCUCCUCACCUAUCGUGCCUGACACAUCCGCACGGGCCCUGGGAAGGUUGUCAGGAGACACUCGGGUCCCUGAGAUUCCGUCCACGCUGUACAUUUCUUUGAAAUCCAGAUGUGUCCUAGUAAGCAGAUCACAACCCUGAUGGCAGGGUAAGGAGUAAAGAUAUUCCCUCUGGGAAAGCAGCCACCAGCAGAUGAGGUGGUCUUACUGUAGGCUCCCUCAUGCCUAAGACCUCACCUAGCAUCUCGGUAACCUUUUCACCUGUCAGUCUGUCCAGGGAUUAAUAUUUUCCUCUCUUCAGAUUUCCACAAAGUAAGGGAAUAACCUUUACCACAAUCUGGAGUCUUACCAUUUUUCUGCUUUGCUAGGCAUUUGAUGGAACUUAAAGCCUUGUCAAACAUUUCUUAAGUAUUAUAGCAGGCAUUGAGAGUUAUCUUUCUCCUGUCUAUUGAAAGGGAACCCUCCUUACAGGCCCUGAUGAACUUCGUAUUAAUAUGUCGCCUGUAUAAAUUGUACCUGUUAGGUUGCUGAGCUGAUGUUAGAGUAUUUAAUUCUCCAGCCUAAGGAGUGCAGCAGGUGCUCGUGGGAGUGGUCUGUGCCUACCUUUGAGCAGCAUGAAGCCACAGAACCAAGCCUGACACCAUCACACCCCGUGCCUUAGUUUUUAACCACUGUCCAAUAAAAUGGUUGAAUAUGA